CUUUCAUUCCAGCCUGUCUGUCAGUCUUUCCUUGCUGACGUUGUAUUUCAACGAGAACCUUACCACUCACAAGUAUAAAUCAGUACAGAAAACUUCCACAAGUACGCUGCGUACCGGACUGUUAGUAUGCACUUUAUAUACACAUUUCUGAGCAUAGUGGGAGCACAUCACUCAUACACAGUACAAUGCUUUAGGGAGCAGUGUACUCACUCUGAGACAUUGUGACGCCCCUACCCCUGCUCACACCAAGUGGCGGACUCGGGGAGCGUGAUCGUGGAUGGGCAUUCUUCUCCGGGCCCCACAAUGAAACGGAUAUUGUUUUGUGGCUGUCUUAAAACUUGUGUAUCGGUAAACAACUUGUACCAACUUGUUAAUUGAAGUGUUUUACAAGUAAUAGUAGACGGCUGCUUGGUGCAGGGCAAGAACAACAACACGCUAAGGAACGAAGUGCUGAACGGAUUGACACUUUGGGUGUGUCUAAACGUGCUAAGGAUACAUUGCUAGUAUUCCAUGAGGAACAGUGUCGAAUUCAUGCUUAUUUCAGACCAAGUGCUAAGGUGUAAGGGGACCUAAGUGCUAAGGUGUAAGGGGACCUAAGUGCCGCAAUAAUUCUGACAUUUUGUUAGUGUGUUUCAGACACAGUUCUUAUGUGUGUCGCACACAUUGCUACAGUGUGUUGGACACAGUAUUAUGAUGUGUAGUCUGAAAACAUUUAAAAUGAAAAACUUCUAUAACAUGAAUAUGUUUCAAGGACAAAGACAUGUACAACAGGAUUAAAAACUUUUUUUAAUUGUUGAAAUUUUAUCGUGUUAAAAAAGAACGCACUGAAUUCUGAACAUAACAUUUAUAUCUAUCUGUUCAAUAUACUUUUGAAGAGUAUAGCUAAACACUUGAAGCACGGUCGUGUUAGCGCUUCGAAAGUUUUUCCUUUAUAAUAUUCCUUCCUCCUUUCCAGCCUGUCCCAUGUGGAGGGAGUUGUACGCCAGACCCAAAGUUUUCUACCACAAGUUUUCACAGGACGAGAACUCUGGUCCGCAUCUGGUCUUCUAUGUCUUGAUGUUUUGUUUGAUUUACUUUCUGGGCAUUUGUUACGUGACCUGCCAUCAGGCUUCAAGUCACAAGAGAAGGACCUUUUUUUUUUCUUUCUCUGGAGUAGCUCAGGCUGUUAGGAUACAGUUUUGAACAAUACAGAUUUUUUGUGUGGAUUUUUUUUGUCAAUUUCAUUUGGAUUAAUCCUUGAAUGAAAACAAAAGUUUAAAUCGAAUCACCACUGAAGACACUUUAGUAGACAAUCAAAAUAUGAUCUGCCUUAAAUUUAAGCCCGGAAAAUUACAACAGAAAAUUGAGGAGAAUGAAGUAUCCAUGCGGAAUCUUAUAAGCUCAUAUCUGUUGGUACACAGUCAGAUAUCUUCCAGAUUCUCGUCCAUCUAGUUCCUGCAACCAAAAUCUUCUAAAUGACCUAAUGUCAUCGUAAGGAAGAUUCUCCAGGACUUAGCACUGGUCAGCUUUUUUUUUUUUUUGGCUUGCGUGAUGAUUCUUCCUCCAACAGCCCUGCCACCAUCUCCUGUCUCCCAGUCUCCGAGCUUGUUAUGAAUGCAUGCUCAACUAUCACGGUAGGUGACGUCACUAACAGCCAGGACCAACACCCCCAUCCCACCUAGCUAGUAGCCUAAGUUAGCUCGCACGCACACACGCACCUACAGACACGGGCGAGCUCACAUUUAUUUUGACUUGAUGAUUUUACUCCGGAAAGAAUCAAUAGCUUCAAGCAUGACACCACUCAGCCGGAUGGGACUUUGGGAGCCCCACACCCGGAUUCGCCCUUGACAACCCGCAUUCCAACAACUAUCCUAAUCCAAUAAUGAUUUGACCUAAUCGACCUUCAAAUACCAACACUUGCAAUGGAUUCAUGAUAGAACGUGUUUUCGGGAAGUAUUUGAUUGAUUAUACUUUCCUGUAAAUAUUUCCAGCUUCGAUUAUUAACUACAUUUUGAUCUAUUUCUUUUUAAAAGAGGAAAUACUUUAAAAAGUGACUUAUUUUUUGGACCAUGAUGUAAAAUCUAUUUAUCGAGUACUCGUUUUGAGAUAAUCGAAAAAAAAACAAAAACUGCGAAGUAACAAAAAAUGACACAAUCUGAUAAUUACUAAGCGAGAAAUUGAUCGAUAUUAGGAUAGUACAGUGAGAAUCGAUACCGCUCUGAGCAUGACAAUGUAUUCUCCAGAAUGUCAGCGGCUAUAGCGGCAGACGUAGACGUUGAAAUGAUCAGCGCUAUACGGAUUGCUGCCUGGUUAGCCGUCUUGCUUCUUGGAAGAAGUCCUGCAAAUAGUCACUCACCAGCAGAGACUGCUGGGACGCUUCUCGAAAACGUCACUUCCGCUUUGAAGCUCGGCAGCGAAAACGCGAAAUCGUUUCAUGAUUCGGUGAGAAGUGAACAUUUAGAUGCCAAGGAAGAGGAUGCUCGAAACGAAAAUGCUGCAUUUAAAAAACCCAGAUCAGAUGAAGGAUUGUUCGUUUCUGAAACAUCAGAGCGGAAGCAAAAAGAAAACGCCAAGGAUGUGAUUAAGGAUUUAAGACCCAACAGUUUUGAGGAUCAGGACGAAACCUUAUCUGAAUUAAGGCUGAAAGUGAUAGAAGGCUUGAGAUGGAAGAGAUCUUCGCAGCCACAGAAGCUGAUCAUCGAGACCAGAGAACAUAGGAGAAAAAUCAAUAACCUCAGGGCAAGGAAGGAAGGGGACGCCAUCAUAGGGGCCAUGUUUCCCCUUCACAGGAAGCCCAAUGAAAACACUCGGCAGUGCGGCGACAUCUGGGAACAUUAUGGGAUACACCGACUUGAGGCUUUCAUUAUGACAAUAGAAAAAAUUAACAAUGACUCCAGUCUCCUCCCUAACAUAAAGCUGGGAUGGGAUAUCCGUGACUCUUGCUGGAACUCAGCCAUCGCUCUGGAGAACAGCAUUGACUUCAUCCAGGACUACAUUACCAGCAGCACCCGGAAGAAAGACGAGUCUCCUCCUGGCAGCGCCCUCAACGGCAGCAAUGUGAACGGUACGCAGCCGUCUCACUGUAGUACGUCUAGACACUUUAAACCAAUCAUCGGUCUGAUUGGUCCAGGUUCCAGUGACACCACAAUGCAGGUUCAAAAUCUCCUACAAAUCUUUGAGAUCCCACAAAUCGGCUACUCAGCGACAGUCAACAGUCUCAGCGAGAAGUCUCAAUAUCAAUACUUCAUGAGGGUCGUACCUCCGGACAAGUACCAGGCGCAGGCUAUGCUGGAAUUCAUCCGAUAUUUCAAAUGGACAUAUAUACUGACCGUCCACACUGCCGAUAGUACCUAUGGAUACAAAGGUAUGGAUCAGUUUAAAACUUUCGCCAAAGAGAAAGGUGUCUGCAUUGCUGAGGAUGUGAGCGUUGCAAACACCGACAACAACGACGCCUACGACAGGGCCCUGGAGAAGCUUCUCAAGUUUAACAAUGCCACCGUGGUUGUCUGCUUCUGUGAAGGCGCCACAAUGAACAAUUUGUUUCGGGCGACCAAACGAAAUAACGUGGUGGGUCGCUUCGUGUUUAUUGGCAGUGAUGGCUGGGGAAACCGCCCAGACGUCGUGGAUCAGCUGGAGUCUGCGGCCGCUGGGAGCGUCUCUUUCAUGUUCUAUUCUCCGCCUCUGCCAGACUUUGACCCUCACUACGCCAGCUUAACUGCGCACAACCCAAGAAAUCCUUGGUUCAGAGAAUUCUGGGAGUUCAAGUUUAACUGUUCUCUAAACACCCCGGACUCUGAGUACUAUGCUAAAAACUGUACAGGGAAUGAAAGUCUAGCGGGCACUAAGCAGGAUUCGAAACUUGGCUUUGUGGCUAACGCUGUGCUGACUAUGGCCCACGCUCUACACAUCAUGCAUCGUGACCUGUGCCCGGGACACACUGGUCUUUGCCCGGCCAUGGAGCCCAUCAACGGAAGUCUGUAUUGGCAGUACCUGCUCAACGUCAGCUUCCUGGGAUACAAUCAAGAGGAGAUUCGGUUCACGGCUCAGGGAGACCCGCCCGGCAGGUACGCUCUAGUGAACUUUCAAAAAGUGGUCAAGGAAGAUGGGAAUAUUUCCUACGAGUAUGUUCCUAUAGGAGACUGGAAGAAUGAGACGCUAACUAUCAAUGAAAGUAGGAUUCAAUGGCCGGCCUAUGUGAAUGGUACAGCAAGGGACGUGAUCAAGUCCAACUGCAGCUACCCCUGUGCUGAGAGGGAAGUGAUGAAGUUGAAUGGUCAUGGUCAGAACUGUUGUUGGAUCUGUGCCACCUGUCAGGAGAAUGAGAUCAUGCUGGACAACAAGACUAAGUGUGCUGCUUGUAGGCUGGGAACACGGCCUGAUCUUAACAAGACUGAAUGCGAAGAUAUCCCAGUGGACUUCAUCAACUGGGGUAAGACGGAAGCGAUUACUUGCAUGUCUUUGGCCUGCCUGGGAAUCUGCUUCACCUUGUGGAUCUUCGUCAUCUUCCUGCGCUACAAAGACACGCCCAUCGUGAAGGCGUCCACCAGGGAGCUGAGUUACAUUAUUCUGGUGGGCAUCUGCCUCGCCUUCAGCGCCAAUUUUGUGAUCGUGGCCAAACCAAUUAGAGAGUUCUGCUAUUUGACAAGAAUCUUGCCAGGUUUGAGUUUCUCACUUAUGUACGGUGCUCUGGUCACCAGAACAAAUCGAAUCGCUAGAAUUCUGGAAGGCAGCAAAAGAAUCAUGACCAAGAAACCCAAAUUUAUGAGUGCUACAGCGCAGGUGGUCAUUACUGGUAUCAUUAUUGGCAUCGAGUGUACAGUGAUCACAGCCAUGUUGGUUCUACAGCCGGCUGACAUAAAAAUCGAUUACCUAUCACUGACCAAAGCUCGCCUGGUCUGCAACACCUCUGAUCUGGGGAUUGUGGUACCUCUAGGGUUCGUCUUGGUGCUCAUUAUUUUCUGCACGAUCUACGCAGUGAAGACUCGCAAUUUGCCUGAGAACUUUAACGAGGCCAAGUUCAUCGGAUUCUCCAUGUACUCCACCUGUAUCAUUUGGCUGGGUUUUUUCCCCAUUUACUUUGCUGGGGAGAACAAAGAGAUUACGUUGAGCCUCUCCAUGUCUCUUAGCGCCAUCAUCGCUCUUCUAUUGUUAUUUGUUCCCAAGGUGUAUGUCAUCAUAUGGGUGCCAGAAAAAAAUACAAGAGGGGCGUUCACCACGUCCAGGGAUGUCAGGUGCCACAUCGGAUCCAAGUCUAUGGCUUCCGGCGACAGUAUUGAUAUCAAGGAGAGCAGUACGUGUGACAACUUGUAUAAAUCAGACAAGGGCCAUAACAAGAACUGGAAGCAGAAAUCGUUAGACGAGAAACGGCUCAGGUGCGUGGAUCUUUGGAAGAGGUUUGUCAUGCAAAGAUCUGGUGGAAACAAUGGAGACAGCGGAUACACUAAUCAUGGAGUUCUGCCCAAUCUGUCAAGUAUAGCCCGAAGCAGCGCCUUCGUCAACAGGGAUAACUCCAACGACAGCACCAGAACUGUCUCCACGCCCAUAAGCUCCGCCAGCCUCCCUGAUAAAGAGAGACUCGCUGGCAAAGAGCUUCGGGAAAAUCCGGGCGUGGAAGCGAUACGACAGAGCCUUGCAAGGGACUUCCCCAUCCCCGGUGCCGGAAAGCGCCAGCUCUCGCUUCGCCCGGGCUCGCCAGCUGAGAAAGAGAAGCACAGAAUUCAUAACGUGGCUGUCGAGGACUUGAGUGAGCUUCUGAGCAAUGAGACUCUGGGAUCGCAGACUAAGCCAGGGAAGCCAAGAGAUUUUCGGAAAUCUCUUUCAUCGACAUGCGUGUCCACUUGUCAGAAAACCAAGACUGCAGAAUGCCAAACAGGCGACGAGCUGGUCCAGUUCAUGUUACCUCCUCUUAGAAAAAGAUGCGUGUCGAGGAAUAAACUUAAGAGAUCUGGCGCCGUAGAUGACCACGCUGUUCCAAACUCGUCCCCUAGGUACCAAAAACCACAUUUUGGCCUGAGCGAUCCUUCGAGUGUCCAACAUCCGUGCAGAAAAAGUCCUCUUGUAAUUUGUUACACGCAUGAUCGCCAGGCGCUGUCUUCUCUACCUGAUCUUGACUCGCCGAAAUCAUCUUCCCUUCUGAGUUCUUUAAAUGAUGGUCAGUUGUAUCGACGACGCAGCCAUCAGCAUCCUCUUCUUAACCACGAGUUUGACAACUGCAGCGAGCGCUGCUGUAGCAACGACAAUUUUCCUUUUCAAUCGGCGUCCCCGCGUUUAGUCAUUCCUACCACGCGCUCACAUUCGAAUUCCAGGCCAAUGACGCCUGACUCGUCAGACUUCAGCUUUCUUGAAGGUGUGGAGGCUUUUGAGAGUAGCAUAAGUCCUUGCUACUCUGAACGGCAACACCCGCCGUCGAACAAACUACGUAGAUUUCCAGAGCCAGGGAUUUCGCCUUCAAGUCGCAUUGGACGAGGCGUCAGCGAGAACAACAACGUCUCGGAGCCUUCACUUCUCCAAGACGACAGCUGCAGUUCGGUGACCGCCAGCACAGCGUCGUCAUCGUUCACGCUGCCGCCCUUUCAAACCAGCACCGACAGCAACCACAGCAACCAUUCUUUAGGGGACAUUGACAGCGAGGAGGACGUGUCGUCCAAGCGUGCCACUCCCAGCAGCUUCUACCAGGACCCUAAUGAUGAAGACGAGGAUUUUGACGACGAGGACCUGGCCAACGUUCACAAGACAGCAUCCAUGCCUCUCAUGGGGAACAACUCGCGCAAGACUAAUGGAUUAGAUGAAAUAUCUCCAGUACCGUCCCUUGAGCCAUUGGAUCAAGAAGAAAACGCUGUACUAGAGUUCCAGAAGUAUUUGCAAGGUCACGGUGUUAAACUGGAUGUCUCUACCAUUCAGUCUAGUGACCUGUAGUUCAUGCAUAAUUAAUGUCGAAGAACUCGGCUGGUAUUUUCUUUGACCUUUAAGACAGAGAUCGUUGAACCAAUAUCACAGCUAACAGGAAAUUUGAAGUAUUUUUUUUUUCUUUCUGAGUGUCUGAGUAUUAUGUUUAAAUUUAGGAGUAUUUUAUUUCUGGUUUCUAAAUCAUCAAAAUAUUUCUUUUAAAUGAAACUUCAGAUAAUUACACGUUAUGGGUGAACAUUUUCAAGUCUUGUAAUUUUGUUGAUUAACUUUGAUUGCCGGCUCUAAUCCUGCCCACAUAACAGUCUCAUUUGAAAUAAAAUACAAAUGAUCUGCCAAUAGGCUCUCUCAAGACCAAUUUCUUUUUAGUUCAGUUUGGUCGAUAUUUUGUAAUUAAGUAUCAUCUCUAAUUGGCAUUUAUUCCUGGCACACUAGAAUGAGGAACAAUAGGAAUGAAACUGCCCGAUAUUGCACAUCAAAGUGAGAGAGGGAGAGAGAGAAAACGACGAGAUAGAGAAAGAUAAUGAAAGAUAUAUAAAGAGUGAAAGAUAGAGACAAUGGAAGACCGAGAGAGAGAGAGAGAUUGACAUAUAUAGAGAGAGAAAGAAGAGAGAGAGAUUGAUAUAUAUAUAUAUAUAUAUAUAUAUAUAUAUAUAUAUAUAUAUAUAUAUAUAUAAAGAGAGAGAGAGAGAGAGAGAGAGAGAGUUUGACAUAUAUAUAGAGAAAGAAGAGAGUGAGAAAAUGAAAAAUAGAGAGAAUGGGAGACUUGAGAGAAAAAGACACAGAAUGAAAGAGAGAGUGGAAGACAGAUAGAUAAUAAUGGAGAUAUAGAGAGAGGUCUAUAGAGCGAAUGAAGAUAAAGAGACAAGAGUAAUAUAAAGAGUGAAUUAAAGAAAUAAAGAGGCAAUAAGGAGGAGUUAUUUGCUAAGACUAAAUAAAACAAUAGAAUAAUAAAUACAAAAUGUCUCUAAUGAGUUAAAUGAUACGUACUAAUCCUCUAGGAAUGUAUGAACACCCAAUCAGUUCAUUUCAUUCUAAAAAUCUACUUUCUCUGACCGACUUGAAAAUAAGCAACCCAAUUCAAUUGGGCAAGCUCAUUAUUAUUAUUAUUAUAGCUUUUUAACCCUGCAUAUACCACUUUUAACUUCAACACACCUCACGUUAUUGCUUCUGUCAUGUUGUGUGUACAUUUCAGUAUGAAAUGUGUACAGGGAAGUCAUUGAAGCAACGGUUCAUACCCGUCUUCGAAAUAUAUCAUAGCGCAUAACGACUUUUGAUAUUUGCUGGAAUGUAAAGUCUGAAUGACAUGAUCUUCUUGUGUGGACGAAGCUGAAACAAUCUAAUGUCUUUUCACAAGAGUCUCGAUGGUGUCUGAAUUUGUGUCUCAUUUUUGUGUCUCAUUUGUCGUCCUAUUGGUGUGACAUUAUGAUGAUGAUUAUUACUAUUGUUUAUAUUAUUAUUAUUAUGUUCCCUUUGGCUAAUGUUUUUCUUAAAAGAAAAUGAUAACAACAAACAAAAUAAGAUUAACUGGUGCUUGUCAUUGUAAUCUGACAUUUUUUUUAAUAUCCUCAUUCCUAUUUGAAUUGUCUCAAACGAUGUCUACAUAGCUAGAAUAUUUGUAAUCGAUCCACAAUAAAAAUAUUCAAACAUGUCCAGGUUUUCAUAAAAAUAUAUAUAUAUCUUAACAUUAAUACACGAAAUAGUAUCUCUCUGGAUGAGUACUUUUGACUUUAAGUCUGAAGAUUGAAAUGUAAGGAACACAUCAGCUUGAUGGCGCUACACGGCUGAUGCCCUUGCAUAAAGGAUCGUAACACAGAGGUCUGAAAAGCUUGAUAUUUACUUCAUUCCUAUAUUUAGUAUACAUAUUUAAUUUAUAUUCAAAGCUUUCAACUAAUUAAUAAAAAAAAUAUUCCAGAGAGCACUCAUUAGUUGGCUUAUCCUUCCAAUAGCCACUCUAUUUUAUAUUCUUCCGAACUACUUGACAGACGAACACAGGAUUGAAGUUUUAGGUAAGAAUUUAAUGUUUAAAAUCUCUCGUCAGACAUUGCAUCACAUGAUGUCCUGUUUUUUUAAGAGUUCAAUAUACAUAAUCCUGUACGUUAUUAUUUGUUUGUUAUUCUUUUUUUUCUGUAUAUUUUUCAUAUGUAUUUCUGUUUCUGUUACUUUGAACAAAUUUAUUUUUAUUUCUAUAUAUAAAGAAAAGAGAAUUGACAGAGAUACUUUAUUGUGUAAUAUGUGGUUCUGCCACUUUUAAUAUCUUUUUCCCACACAGAUUUUAAAAAUAUUUUUUUAGAUUAAGGAAUGGUGAAGGGCGUGGUUCAUGAAACAAAACUUUGGAAUAAAGAUGUAAAAAUAUUUAUGCUAAUCAUGUCCCCCAUGUGACUGUAUUGCUCUGUCAAUAAGAACAUACUUACUAUGUCAAACUAUUUGGUUCCCAAACAUUGGGUGUAUUUUUGUUUUGUUUUUAAGAAGGGGACACAACUGUGAUGAGGUAUAAUUUUAUCUCUUUUUGUGAGGCUUAUAAUGCAAUAAAAUGUCUUCAAUGUUUAUCCAUUACCAUGGCUAUAUUUCCUAACACGCACAAUUGUUCGCUACGUGAUUGCUAUAUGAUUGCUUUAUGAGUGCUAUAUUAAUAUGAUCGCUAAAUGAUUAUUUUAUAGUGAACUAGUUAAUCCAAAUGCCUGAAUGACACACCAAUAUAUUUAUUGCUCACGCGGUGGAAAAUUUAAAUGUGGGUGUGCCAUUUUAAUGUGUUACAUUUAUAUAGUAUUAUUUUAUAGGUCUAUUUGACUGAUGUAUCAUAGUUUGUCAUAGGUCCUAUGAUUCACAUAAUCAAUAUUGAGUGUCUGUCUUAUCUUAACCGUCUGUCUGUCUUAUCUUAACCGUCUGUCUGUCUUAUCUUAACCGUCUCUCUGUCUUAUCUUAACCGUCUCUCUGUCUUAUCUUAACCGUCUGUCUGUCUUAUCUUAACCGUCUGUCUGUCUUAUCUUAACCGUCUGUCUGUCUUAUCUUAACCGUCUGUCUGUCUUAUCUUAACCGUCUGUCUGUCUUAUCUUAACCGUCUCUCUGUCUUAUCUUAACCGUCUCUCUGUCUUAUCUUAACCGUCUGUCUGUCUUGUCUUAACCGUCUGUCUGUCUUAUCUUAACCGUCUGUCUGUCUUAUCUUAACCGUCUGUCUGUCUUAUCUUAACCGUCUGUCUGUCUUAUCUUAACCGUCUGUCUGUCUUAUCUUAACCGUCUGUCUGUCUUAUCUUAACCGUCUCUCUGUCUUAUCUUAACCGUCUGUCUGUCUUAUCUUAACCGUCUGUCUAUCUUUCAGUCAGUCUUUCAAUUUUUUUUUUAAAGAACAUCAAACUAAUGUUUUUAUUAGUCUCUACUUCACAAAUACAUAAACAUUGCUUUUACUUUCUCUACUAAGAAGUCAAAAGUCUAGAUAGUCAAAUCUUUAAUGCUUUUCAUUUUUUAGUGUUAUAAGAUAUUUAUAAAGUAGCGCUUGACAAGUUUGUCUCUGUUCAAAAAUGUUAUUAUCUCUGUUGCAGUGAUAAACUUUGAAGAUGAGACUUACAUUUUGUUGUAGCUUUAAAAAGUUAACUCUGCUAAACAAAAUUAUUUAUGAAAAGGGGAAGGGAAGGGGAAAGUCUUUCUUAAAAUUUCAUUUAUGCAGUCAAUUUUAUAAAAUUUUGUUUAUUAUUUUUGUUUGUUUGUAAUUAGCUUUCUUCUUUCCUUACCAGCACUUAACCAAUGUUCAAACUAGUAUUUGAUGAGACUGUCUUGUUUAUUGCUUGUCCUUCAUUCUCUACUUAGUUCACAUUUGAACCAGUAACCUCGACCUCUUAUUAUGUACUUCUAUUGCCAUCUCAAAACCUUGUUACAAGCUUGCCAUCUUCAAAUAUAAAUGUUAUUUGCUAUUUACACCGUGACCUCCGACAUUGAUUGCUUUUGACUUUGACAUCAGUUUCUAUUAAACUAUUCCAUUUAUUACCAAAUGCGUUUUCUAUAAAUCUGCUAGUCAUUUGAAAUGGAGAAAUGCUACUGACCAACAUCUAUCUAUCUCAUGUACAACCGUAAGACGAUAUGUUACAGCGGGAACAACUUGUUGCUUAUAUCUUAUAUGUAUAAUAAGAAGAAAUAUGUGUAUUUGAUUGCAUAAGAAAUAUUACACGUUUUGAUGUAGUGACUUUAUUCCAAUCCCGAAACCAGAAAUAAAUCCAUUUCAUUUUGUUCCUCUAUGGAGCCACCUGUACAAUAAAAUACUAUUGUCACUUA